AUGCUGUCCGCUCUGGGGGCCAAGACCCAGCUGCUGUCUAGCUUUCACCCCCAGACCGCCGGCCAGACUGAGCGGACGAGCCAGGAGUCGGCAAAGACACUGCGCUGCCUGGUGGAGAAAUCCCUGCCCUCCUGGGAGGCCUCGCUCCCCUGGGGAGGUGUGCCCUCCUGCAGGAUUCUCAGCCCCCUGGUGUGUCUGAGGAGCUUGCCCUUGAACACAGUUGGAUGGCCCUUCACAAACUCCUCCCCUGCAGCCGGCACAACGGCACUGUGUGCCUGCCGCCAGUGCAUCUCUGUUAAGGAUGAAGACCCCUGGUUCAGGAAGCGCUUUAACACGUCCAUAUCGCCGCUCUUGUCACAGAAGAACGCCAUGCUGUCUGACGACACCUUUAAAUGGUGGCAGAGGCUACAGACUAAGAAAAAUGCCAACUACAGUGCUGUGGUGCAGAAACUAUUCCAGGUCGUCCCUGGGGAGGGACAUUACAACGACUCAGGGCCCAAUCGCUGCAGGACUUGCGCUGUAGUCGGGAAUUCUGGGAACCUCAACGGAUCUGAUUACGGAGCCCUCAUUGACUCCAAUGACUUCGUCAUAAGAAUGAACAAAGCUCCCAUUUUGGGCUAUGAAAAGGAUGUAGGGAACAGAACCACCCAUCGUGUCAUGUACCCAGAAAGUGCCACAAACCUGCAAAAGGACACAAGUCUGCUGCUGAUACCAUUCAAGACUUUGGAUCUGGAGUGGAUCUCUAGUGCUCUGACCACAGGCACUGUGAAACGCACCCGUAUGCGUGUGAUGGCCAAGAUUAAUGCAGACAAGAAUAAGGUGUUAAUAUACAACCCCACGUUCUUAAAGUACGUCUAUGAUGUGUGGCUUGAACGCCAUGGGAAAUAUCCCUCCACCGGCUUCUUAACCUUGAUGUUCGCCAUCCACGUAUGUGAUGAGGUGAAUGUUUUUGGAUUUGGAGCAUCCAAGGACAGAACCUGGCAGCAUUACUGGGAGACAAUGAAAUUUCUCCAGUCAAAGCCAACCGGAGGGCAUGCUGGAGACUAUGAGUCCAUCACCAUGAAGCUGCUGGCCUGUAAAAAUAAAAUGAAGUUGUUUGAAGGGAGAUGAGGGUAACCAUUGGCUGUGAAAUGAACAGGACUGCCGAACGGCCUUAAAGGCUGAAGUUAGAGCAUGGUAAAUGGUUGGCAUUUAUAUAGCGCCUUUUUCCAAAGCGCUGUACAAUUGAUGCUUCUCAUCCACCCAUUCAUACACACACACACACCAACGGCGAUUGGCUGCCAUGCAAGGCACCGACCAGCUCGUCAAGAGCAUUUGGGAGUUAAGUGUCUUGCUCAGGGACACUUCGACACAGCCUGGGUGGGGGAUCGAACUGGCAACCCUCCGGCUGCCAGCCGACUGCUCUUACUGCCUGAGCCAAUGAGACGACUGCUCUUACUGCCUGAGCCAAUGAGACGACUGCUCUUACUGCCUGAGCCAAUGAGACGACUGCUCUUACUGCCUGAGCCAUGUCGCCCCCUUAGCAGCACUGGCUUCCGCAAUAUGACAUACACAAGUUAAACUAGAUAUGACAUGUACACAAGUUAAACUAGAUAUGAUGUACACAAGUUAAACUAGAUAUGACGUACACAAGUUAAACUAGAUAUGACAUGUACACAAGUUAAACUAGAUAUGACAUACACAAGUUAAACUAGAUAUGACAUGUACACAAGUUAAACUAGAUAUGAUGUACACAAGUUAAACUAGAUAUGACAUACACAAGUUAAACUAGAUAUGACAUGUACACAAGUUAAACUAGAUAUGAUGUACACAAGUAAAACUAGAUAUGACAUGUACACGAGUAAAACUAGAUAUGACAUACACAAGUUAAACUAGAUAUGACAUAAACAAGUAAAACUAGAUAUGACAUGUACACAAGUUAAACUAGAUAUGACGUACACAAGUAAAACUAGAUAUGACAUUUACAUGAGUAAAACUAGAUACAUUUUUUUGGAAUACUUUAACGCGUUACUUUGUUUGACUAAAUUGGGGAAAAAGUAAAUUUUGACUUCAGCUCAUCUUUAAUAUGCUUUGUUUUGAGGGAAUAAUUUAAUCAAGUAAAUUAAAUCAUGAAGUUCUAUCAAUAACUUGGGACAUUUUUAGUUUUAAACGGAUAUAUAACUUUGCCUGUAUGACUGGUGUACACAUGGUGAAUAUCUGUGAGGGCUAUGUCUCUGUAUGUGAAGUGCCUUAUCAAUGAAAUUCCUAAUGUGUAAGGUUUGGGUUUUGGGGAUGGGGGUUUUGUGCCUUUUCAACUUAAUCUUGCAUUUAUGAAUUAAAUUAUUAUUUUUUCCAUC